CUUGGAGCCACCCUCUCUCUUCUUCUCAAACAUGCCCUCAAAUGGCAGGAAGCUUUUAGUUCCAUGGAUGGGAUGAUGAGUCGGAAGGAAGAGUAAACCUGCACACCCAGGUUCAGUGGGCGGAGACUGGGUGCAAGUAGGGACCUCUAGAUUGAGGGACGGGUCUGUCUGGGCCCGCCCUGUUGCCGCGCCCCAGCUCCCUCUCACUCAGACAGUCCUUCAUUGUUGGCCCCAUGCAAAGCAAUGGCUUCCUGCCUGCUCGCCUAUGCGAGGUCACCAGGUAUGCAAAUUGGGGUGCACCAGGCACAGCUGAGGCCCCCAGAUGCUGCUCCCAGAGUCUGUGCCUCAACCUAAAGAAGUGAAAGCUCCCUUCAUUCAUUUACCCAGCUUGAGGAAGAGACCCCGGGGUGAAUUUGGAGACAGAGGAGAGAGUCCCAGGUGUCACAGGGGGCUGGUGUGGCAGGGGAGGCAGCUGAGGACGGUGUGGGGAGCAGGCAGGUGCUCAGGGCAGCCUCAGAGCCGUCAGGUGCCAGGGGGAGGGACUCAGCUUUGUCAGGCAGUACCUGGGCUGGAAUCUGAAGAGAAAGGAGAACCAAGACCCUGUGGUCCUGCCUGGCCUCCAAAUUCUGAGUGGGGCCUGAAAGCCGGGCCUGGGACAUCCCCUAAUGUGGAGGGGGUGCUACCCACCCAGCCCAGCUCCAGCCUCCCUGGGAACAUUUGCUGGGCCACAGUAAGUCAGGCAGGUCAGGCCCAGGGGCUGGCAGGCUUAAAAUAGGUCUCUCAGAGAUGCUGCGUCCUUUCCACGUGCUGCGCUGAGAGCACUUUGCAGAGAGCCAGACUGGGAAGUAAGUGGAUGGGGCCUGGGGAAGUAGGUAGGCUUCUAGAAGUGGCACAGGCUGGGCUGUGUCAGCUGCCCGCACACGGGGAUACAGGCUGGCACCCCAGUUCCCAUAAGCCAGGCCGUGUCAACUACCCGCACGCAGCCACUGGCUCCUCACAGGCCACUGUCCUGGCUUGAGAGGAGGGGGAGGCAGAAGUCAGCUGGAUUCACCUCUAAAAGACCCUAGCAGAGGAGUCGACCUCUUAUCCCGGGGAUGCAGCUGACUGGCCAGGCCAGCAUGAGGAAAUUGGAAGAGAACUCUGGCCCCCAUGGCCUCCUCCUAAAAGAGCGGGCACAGACACAUACACGGUGCACACGCAUGCGUACACCCUCCCCAGGCCUGCCCUCGGCCGGACGCUCCAGGGACACAUUAUUCCCCGGCUCAUCGCCUUGGCCUAAUUCACGCCCUGGCUGCCAAGGCCUCUGGCAGCAACUUUCCCCCUUCCUCCCCUGCGGGGUUGUUGUGGGUUAGAGCAGGGACAGGGCCUGAGGGGGCUAAACUCCCAGGGAAAGGGCAGCUGGCUCUGUCGAUGCACAGGAGGGGCGGGGUGGUUUGUGUCUCUCUCGGGCUGAGAGCCACCUAAGGCUCCGCUCGGCUUCCUCUGGUCUUAGAUGAUCUCCCAUGGAUGGAGGCAUCAGGGUGGCAGGGAAAGGACAGGCCCAGAGGUGAGUGGGUGUCCCAGGGUGGGGCAGCCACAGGGGGCCUGGAGUGGCUUGCAGACAGGGCCACCAGUCAGGGUUCCGGGCCUGGGCACAUGGGCAGGCUCUGCUUCCAGGGGCUCCUUCCCACCUGCCGGCUGCAUGGGAGCCGUGUGGCUAGAACCCCGGGGAAGACCUUGUCCCUCAUUCUGGAGCAGCCGUCUGGAGUACAAGGCCAUGGGAGAGGGCCCUACGCCGUGGAGGUGAUGGACCCUCCUCCCUUAAUGGGGCAGAUUUCAGUGACUGUGUGUGGACAGGAGAGCUCAGCUGGUUCAGGCCUCCGGAAGGUUCCCGGACGGCAAUGGCAGUGGUGUUCUGUCAGAGCUUCCUCCCGAAGCCCAGCUCCCAGGGCCUUGGAUGGUGCCUGGAGUGGACUCCAGGUUCCGUGCCUCUUGUCCCCACCGGUCUCUGCAGCCCAGGUGGUUCUGAUUUGCAGCCAUGGGCAGCUUUUGCGCCCUGCUCUCGAGUGACUGCCGCUGGGCUCCUCACGGGUGCGACGGUGUCCUGGGAGUCCCUGAAGCCCGGGUUUCCCGCACAGCAGGCGUUAGGAAGUGGGUGCCAAAGCAUAGAAGGACUGGCUUGUAUUCGUCUGAGUUAUCCAGAGAAACACAACCAACAGGAUAGGUGGAAAGAGAUUUAUCCUGAAGACCUGGCUCACGCACUUAUGGAAUGGGAAGUCCCGAGACCUGUCGUUGGCAAGCUGAAGGCCCAAGAGAGCUGAUGGUUUCGGUCCAGUCUGAGUCUGAAGGCCCAAGAACUGGAGAAACACCGCUACAGGUUCCAGCCUGAAGGCUGGAGAUCCAAGAAGAGCUGGCAUUUCAGUCCAAGCCCAAAGGCAGGAAAAGACCAAGGUCCCAGCUGCAGCAGUCACCGGAGAAGGCCUUCUUACUCAGCCUUUGGCUCUUUGUAGGCCCCCAACUGAUUGGAUGAGGCCCACCUCCCUGCGAAGGACCAUCCCUUCACAUGCUAAUCUCACCUGGAAACACUCACAGCACACCCAGAACGAUGCUGGGCCAAAUGUCUAGGCACCCAGGGCCCACUUAAGUUGACACAUGAAAUUCACCAUUACAGUGCUCUUGGCCCUGACCCUGAGACCAUCGCACAUGGCAUCAGAGGCUGUAGAGUGGGCCCCGCAGAAGACAGGAAGCAGAUACCCUGGUGUUAGAUACAGUCAGGGUGUUCAGAUGAGGAUGACAGUGGACUGGAGCUGGGAGGCUGACAGGAGCCAGAGCAGCCUGGGGGCUGGCUGCUGGCCUGUCCUUCCCGCGGGUGCAGUCUCCUGCACUUCAUGGCUGGCCCAUCCCUACCCCGGGUCUCCCACUCCCCCCUCUGCCACCUGGCUGCCACUGCCCAGCCUUCCACAACUGCCUCUCAACAUCACCCCACCUGCAAAUUCCUCAUCUGCAGCACUGGGGUGCAGUUUGGCCACAUCAGCGGGUGCAGUCUUAUCUGCGUAUAAACCAACCCACCCAUGCAGCCAGCUUGGGAUGAGAGGAUAGUCAUGACGUCCCCGUGGCCCUUGGAAGGAGGCCUUUGGAAGAGGCAGGUCCUUUGAAUUUGGUCUGGGGUCAAGGCUGCCUGCAGCUCCCUCCCCAGCCCCGUAGUGGGGGCUGUGUCCAUGCGUCAGAAGAAGCCGCUGCCUUUUCCAGGGGAAGCUGAGGGUGUGGCUCUGGGAUGAGGAUGAGGCUCCAUCCUUCACUGUUGCAGGGACCAGCUUGGGAAGCUAAUGCACCUUUUUCUCAAAACCAAUUUCAAGUGGAAAGAAACUAUAGGCACAUGUUCCUUGUACACGCACCUACACAGCCGUGCACACGCAGGCACACACAGGGUGCCAGAAAGAAGAACCAAAAGGACAGGCCUCCCUUCUUCCCUGAGCCCAGCUGCAAUGUCCUAUUCCCCUUGGCGGGGCCAGUCCAGGGGCCAGGCAGCCUCUACAUAGGGCUGCCAUGAGGCCCUUCCAGCUCCUGAAACUCCCUUAUCCCAUCCCACACCAGCUUAUCCAUAAUGGGCCUGAGACCAAGAAACCAAAGGUGUGGGCCGCCGAGCUGCCCGCCUUAACGCGGACCAGACAGCAUUACUCCAGGCACCAUUAGCAGCAAACACAGAGGCGACGUUCACCUUCUCACUGAGCCAUGAGCUUGUCUGCCUUGGCCAUCUCAGAAGCUAGCAGAUCCCAGAAGGAAAGCCACAUGUGAGUGGCCUGGAUGGUCCUCAUGGGCCCCAGCAGCAUUGUCCUUGAGGGAACUGAUUCCUGAGACCAGGACGGGGCCGCUGGCUGCCUCCACCAAGCAUGCGUCUGGCUGUCCACAUUGCUGGACUCGGCUGCUGCGGCUAAGACGCUUUCAUGUCCCGCGGUGGGCUGGUUUUCGCGCCAAACGCUAGCCCUGAACUGUGAGUCCUGCACAGCAUAUUCAGCAAGGACUCCUCCAGGUCCAGGCCAAGCAUUGACACACAUGUUGGGCACCCACUUCUCCAGGCAGAGUUCUCAUGCCUCUGGCUCACCAGCUCAGAACGGCUAAGUAAAUUCCAGCGCUGACGACGUAUCCACGCGAGGUCUUGGUACAGUCCCAGAAACUUCCUUUGGAAAAUGCAUGAACAUGGGACUGUCCUCAUCACCCUGAGAGUUCAGGAGUGUCGCCUGCUCUGCAUCACUCAGCAACCCAUCCGUCUCCUGGUGACGGCAGGAGCCAGGCAGAUGCCCCAUCAGAGCCAGCCUUUAUAUUUGCUUCUGUUGUCCUGUAGCCCCUGAGUCAUGGAACGCCCACCCUCCCCUUUCCAAUCUAGACGCCACUGUUUAAGGGGGAAAUGGCCUCCCAGAGAUUUUCAGCUUCAGAAGAGAACCCAGAGCUGAAACUCUUGGGCAUGACGAAGAUGGAAUGGGUACUGUCACAUGCAUGCCGCUUGCGUGAGGGCAAGUACAGAUUCAGAUAAGGGGAGGCUGGCCCGAAGCCAGGUCACUGCUGGAUCUCAGAAAGACGUCAGAACCAGGCCCCAACGGAAGCCCCUGGAGGUGCACAGCUGAGUGGUGCCGCGUAUUUCUCAUCGUGUGCAGCCGUCUGAUGGGCAUCUGCCAGAAGCCACAUGGCUAAUAUUUAAAAUAGGAUUUUAAAUUUGCUGAUUUAAAUUUAAUUUUAAUAGGUGACUUUCGACUGAGCUUUACAUAUUUAUGUCAGAGCUUUUAAUUCAGGUAAAACAGCCUUCAGCUUGGAGCUGUUUGGACCCCUGCAACUACCUGUUCUUUCUCAGUUGAGGCUUUCAUUUUCAAGAAGGAAGUCCUUCUGUUUCUGUGGCCAUUGCUGAUCACGAAGCUUAGCGAUCUGGCUUCCUCUCAAAGCUGUGCAGAUGGGAACCUCUGCCUUAUCUGCUUUGACCCCCAGCGUCUGGUCCUGAGGCCAGGGCUGAACACACGGCGUGUACAAGGCAAACCCCGUAUCCGAGCGUUGAGUGGGUGUUUCACGGCAGCCAGUGUCUUGGUCCGCAAUGGUUUACGUGGGUUUGCCCACCACUGAGCAUCCCAGGACCUCAUCAGACCCUUUGCAGAAGUGCUGGUGAAUCCGACCCGUCCCCCAGCCCGCCACCCCCUGUCCCAGCAUUUGCAGCUAGGCGGAACCUCUGAGCUCUCCCUUGCCCACGUCAGGCUGUUCCUUCCUUGGCCCCGCUGAGGCUCCUUCCCUUGAUGUUCUGGCCCAGCCUGGAAAUGAGGUCAAGUUUCUGCUAUUUAUGUGUCUGCAUGUGUGUGUGUUUGCGUGUGUGUGGACCUUGGCCUCCAGGCAGUCCCCAGGGUACUUCUUGGCUCUGUGUGCGUGCGCUAAGAAAAACGACGUGAGGGAAACACACCCAGAUGCUGCCUGGGGAGUCUGGGUAGCUCUGAGCCUGGCCUGUCCCUGAGGUUGCCUUCUGUUUCAGCGGCCGGUGGAGAUCCUCCGGGCUGCUGAGUGGUGGAGCCGUGGUCCUCCUCACCAGUCCCACCCCGGGGCUGUUGCUCCUCCAUCUUUUCCACUCAAUUCCUGGCAUUCGAGUUCUUGUGUUAAAAAUGCUCCUGGGACAUCCUCCUUGUGACAGCUCGCUUCAGUGGCAAGCCUGUGGCUUGGGGGUGGCAGUGGGUGGCUCUCUGUCCCUCGGGGAGGUGUUGAGCAUUGCUCUUGCAAUGUAAAAGUCUCUCCUUCCUUCCACGCACGCUCCCUUUCUGACACAGCAGGUCCCAAACCAGCCUGGCCUGCCAGCUCGUGCAUAGGUGUUGGCACUGUAAAGAAAACCGCGGGUGUGGCCACGGGCACCCAGGGAGCAGGCCCCAGGAAUGACUGCUGUGGAAUCUCUGCUGUCCGAGGCCUCCAAAUACGGCCUCAAACAGUCUCACAGCAGCGUCCAAGAUCAACAGUGGACGCACGUGAGUGCCACACGAGUGUACACAGCUCUUUCAAUAGGUGUCAGAAGGCAGCUGUGACGCAGACUGUCAGCUCUGGGGCCAGACUGCGGGGGCUGCAUCCUCAUUGCCACCGGCGGGCUGUGUGGCCUUGAGCAAAUGACUGACCCCCCUGCACCUUCUUCCCCUACUGUGAGGCCUGGGACAGUGCCUGGUACACAGCUGGCGCUCAGUGUGCACAGCGGGUGUCAGCACCCCGCCACCCAGCGGGAUUCUUUACAGCAGCUGCCUGCAUUCGUCCCAAGGAGCCUGGGGCUGGGGCAUCCAUUCACUGAGAGGUGGCCUUCUCUGUGUCAUCUUCUCCUCUAAAUGCACCUGUCACCAGGUUUAGGGUCCACCCUGUUCCAGGAUGAUCUCUUCUCAGAUCACUCAUCACAUCUGCAAAGAUGCUUUUUCCACAUAAGGUCACGCGCUCAGUCAGGUUCCAGGUGAACGUGACUGCCUGGGGAACGUGGGGGGCACUGGUCCACCCACCCCAGUCCCAGCGCAGGCCCAGCAAACAGACUCUGUAAGGAGCUGCCAGGAGGAUCCUGGGACAUCGCCUAGCCUAGGUCCCCAUGGGACUGCCCGCUGUCCCUGCAUCUCCAUGCAUCUCUGCGCAUUGCCAGCUGUGGCUGGAAGGAGACCCCAUGGCUGAAUACUUGGGGCUUCGAACUCUGCAGAGCCCUGAGCACGGCUGAGGUGGCCCCAGCCUCAGCCUGACGUCAGUGGGCAGCAUUUCUUACGCUUUGUGUUUUGGAGCCUCCUGGGGUGUGAUGUUUCAUGGACUGAAGAAGCUUCUGGAAGCGCCAGGUCCCUGUUGAAUGUGAUACAAUGUGGCCCAGUAUGGACACGCCACUGCCCACCCCACCCCAGCUCCGCAGUGAAGACAAAAGACCAGACUGUGGACUUAGACAACAGAAACAGGCCCUGUCUUACUGCUGAGGACCGGAAAUCAGGGAUCAUGGUGUCUGCAAGGCCUGCCCUCGGAGCCUGCGAGGAAAGGAGCUGCUCCCGGCCUCCCUCCCGGGCAGGGGAAUGGUCUUCACAUCCACGUGGCGUUCUCCCUCCCUGCGUGGGUGUUCGCAUUCCCUUUCUAAUAUGGACACCGGUCACAUUGGAUCAGGGCCCACCCAAUGUCUCUGUUUAACCUUAGUCACCUCUUUAAAGGCCUGAGUUUCAAAAACUGUCACAUUCGGAGGUACUGGGGGUUAGGGCUCCAAGACAGCUUCUUUUGGGGGUCACAAUUCAGCCAUAACAGGAGGUGCCCUGGAUGGCAAGCACCUUGAGGUCUGCAGGAAAGACUCUCCUAGGGCGGGGGCAGCACAGGUGUUCCUUAUCACAGCAUCCCCAGGAAGGACCCUCCCAGGCCGGGGGCAGCACAGGUGUUCCGUAUCACAGCAGCCGGUUUAUUUCUGGUGGGGAAACCCCUUAAGAUGCAGCGAGGCUGCAGCCACCUGGGUUUCCCAGAAGGCCUUGGGCAGUGGCGGGGACCUGUUUAUCCGGGAAUUGGUGUGGGGAGUGAGCAGGCGCCCUGCGGAGGCUCGGGAUGGUGGGAAACGGGGCUGGUGAGGGCGACGGGGCAGGGGCAGUGCAGGGUUCAGAAGGAAGGUGGCGCGUGGACACAUUUUCCUGGUAACUGGUUCACAUGGCUGCCGAUUGCAGCUCCUGUUAGCCACAGGCAGCGAUGCCAGCUGCCACAGACCAAGGCCGACCCAGCACCAGCCAGAACUUGGCGGCCGGGGGCGUCUCCAGUGCUGGGGGCACACGUGGCCCGGGAGGCCGUUUCUAGCUCAUUCCUGCACCUCCCAAACUGCACCAAGAGGAGCUCCUUUCUCACACCAAAGGGUACAGAAAGCUGCCAGGGCAUGAAUUUAAGGAUGAACAAGGUCAGGCUCCAGGACCAACGUGGAGACCCCCUGUGGAAUUCAUCCGGGCCACUCGGCUGCAAACGGCAGGGGACAUGGCUGACACAGCGAGUGGGGGCAGGGCGGGUGCAGGUCGGGGUGACCUGGGACCCCAGUGUCUGACUCGGCCUCUGCGUCUCAGCUCCACUCUCCACUGUGUGGCCCCAUCUCGGUGGGCCCUGCCUUCUUCACAGCCCGACGCCACACUGCUGAAGCGGCUGCUUCUCCCAACAGUUCUAGAAAGGGCAGGAACCGAGCCCCUGUGAGCAGGCCGGGCACAGCCCCCCCUUCCCGCAGCAGGACUGCGGCUGGGAGACAGUGCCUGAGUGUGGGUUUGGCCAGACGCCACCCUGGAUUUGGGAGACUCUUGAGACAAGGCAGGCAGAGCUUUGAGCCACCCCCGUGAUGGGUGUGCUGGAAUGUUCCCGCCUGGUCGUGCUAUAUCCGUGGAGAGACACGAGCUUGCUAACCAGACGUUCUUCUCACAGGACACACCAGCCCCUUGGAUACCACUUGGCCACUCCCACGGAGGCCACUCACACUGUGGCUGAAGCCUCGAGGUCACCAGGCAGAGGCGCAGAGAUGCCCCUGCACCCGCUGGGGGACAAGCCGCUCACCUUUCCCAGCCCCAAUUCAACCAUGGAAAACGGGCUUGACCACGGCACGCCCCUGAGCCCCGGCUCCCUGCGCUCCGCUGCCCAUAGUCCCCUGGACACCAGCAAACAGCCCCUCUGCCAGCCCUGGGCCGAGAAGCGUGGCGCCCAGGGAACCCACGAGGUGCAGUACGUCUCGGCCGGGCAGAGCGUGGCGUGCGGCUGGUGGGCCUUCGCACCCCCGUGCCUGCAGGUCCUCAACACACCCAAGGGCAUCCUGUUCUUCCUGUGCGCGGCCGCAUUCCUGCAGGGGAUGACCGUGAACGGUUUCAUCAACACGGUCAUCACCUCCCUGGAGCGUCGCUACGACCUGCACAGCUACCAGAGCGGCCUCAUCGCCAGCUCCUACGACAUCGCCGCCUGCCUCUGCCUCACCUUCGUGAGCUACUUCGGGGGCUCAGGGCACAAGCCGCGCUGGCUGGGCUGGGGCGUGCUGGUCAUGGGCACGGGGUCACUGGUGUUCGCCCUGCCCCACUUCACAGCUGGCCGCUACGAGGUGGAGGCGGACACGGGCGUCAGGACGUGCCCUGCCAACCCCAGCGCAGCGUGUGCGGACCGCACCUCGGGCCUGCACCGCUACCAGCUGGUCUUCAUGCUGGGCCAGUUCCUGCAUGGCGUGGGCGCCACCCCCCUCUACACGCUGGGCGUCACCUACCUGGAUGAGAAUGUCAAGUCCAGCUACUCGCCCGUCUACAUUGCCAUCUUCUACACGGCAGCCAUCCUGGGCCCCGCUGCUGGCUACCUGAUCGGAGGUGCCCUGCUGAACAUCUACACGGAAGUGGGCCGACGGACGGAGCUGACUACCGAGAGCCCGCUGUGGGUCGGUGCCUGGUGGGUCGGCUUCCUGGGCUCCGGGGCUGCUGCCUUCUUCACCGCCGUUCCCAUCCUUGGUUACCCUCGGCAGCUGCCAGGCUCCCAGCGCUACACGGUCAUGAGAGCGGCGGAAAUGCACCAGUUGCAGGACAGCAGCCACCAGGAGGCGAGCAACCCGGACUUCGGGAAAACCAUCAGAGACCUGCCUCUCUCCAUCUGGCUCCUCCUGAAGAACCCCACGUUCAUCCUGCUGUGCCUGGCUGGGGCCACUGAGGCCACACUCAUCACUGGCAUGUCCACGUUUAGCCCCAAGUUCUUGGAGUCCCAGUUCAGCCUGAGUGCCUCGGAAGCUGCCACCUUGUUUGGGUACCUGGUGGUGCCAGCAGGCGGUGGUGGCACCUUCCUGGGUGGCUUCUUUGUGAACAAGCUCAGGCUCCGGGGCUCCGCGGUCAUCAAGUUCUGCCUGUUCUGCACCGUCGUCAGCCUGCUGGGCAUCCUCGUCUUCUCCCUGCACUGCCCCGGUGUGCCCAUGGCGGGCGUCACAGCCAGUUACGGCGGGAGCCUCCUGCCCGAAGGCCACGUGAACCUAACGGCACCCUGCAACACUGCCUGUGGCUGCCAGCCAGAGCACUACAGCCCUGUGUGUGGCUCAGACGGCCUCAUGUACUUCUCGCUGUGCCAUGCAGGGUGCCCUGCAGCCACUGAGAUGAAUGUGGAUGGCCAGAAGGUGUACCGAGACUGUAGCUGUGUCCCUCAGAACCUGUCCUCUGGUUCUGGCCAUGCCACUGCAGGGAAAUGCACUUCAACUUGUCAGAGAAAGCCCCUCCUUCUGGUUUUCAUAUUCGUUGUAAUUUUCUUUACAUUCCUCAGCAGCAUUCCUGCACUAACGGCAACUCUACGAUGUGUCCGUGACCCUCAGAGAUCCUUUGCCCUGGGAAUCCAGUGGAUUGUAGUUAGAAUACUAGGGGGCAUCCCGGGGCCCAUCGCCUUCGGCUGGGUGAUCGACAAGGCCUGUCUGCUGUGGCAGGACCAGUGUGGCCAGCAGGGCUCCUGCUUGGUGUACCAGAACUCGGCCAUGAGCCGCUACAUCCUCAUCAUGGGGCUCCUGUUCAAGGUGCUGGGCGUCCUCUUCUUUGCCACAGCCUGCUGUUUAUACAAGCCCCUGUCGGAGUCUUCAGAUGGCCUGGAAGUUUGUCUGCCCAGCCAGUCCUCGGCCCCUGGCAGUGCCACAGAGAGCCAGCUCCAGAGCAGCAUCUGACCGCCGCCCAUGCCCACCCGGCCACGGCAGGCACUCAGCAUUUCUUGAUGACAGAACGGUGCCCCUGGGUGAUGCAAUCACAUGGAAACUUCUAUUUGACCUGCAACCUUCUAGUUAACCUGUGGUUUAAAGUCAGCUGUGAACUCCUGUCCCCAGAGCAAUGAAGCCCUUCAGUGGAUGGGAGCAACUUGCACAAAUAUAUAUUUAUGGACAUGUAUUUUGCAUCAGAACAUAUUUAUAGAAUUAUUUUAUACCUGAUCGUGUGUGGUAUGCGUGAGGGCAAGCUCUGCAAGGGCUGAAUCCCACUGGGAGGGUGCGGGCCUGCAACCCAAGGAAGGCUUGUGUGUCCUCAGCGAAAGCUGUGCAUAUCUAAAUAUAUUUUGUAUUUAAGCCUG